GUUCUUUGUAAAGGAAACAUGAAGAGUCAUAUAAGGAUACUCUUUUACACCCACUGGAGACAAUUUUUUGAAUAACUUGGUAUUUGCUAAAGGUUCUUAAAAUCUGAAGUAACCUUUUCUUUUUCUCCUCCAUCAUGGACCUGCUUCCAGCCCAGGAGGCAGCGAAAAUUUACCACACCAACUAUGUGAGGAACUCCCGGGCCAUCGGCGUCAUGUGGGCCGUGUUCACCAUCUGCUUCUCCAUCAUCACCAUGGUGGUCUUCAUCCAGCCCUACUGGAUCGGGGACAGUGUCAACACGCCGCAGGCUGGAUACUUCGGCCUUUUCCACUACUGCAUUGGGAACGCGCUCACCUCGGAGCUCACCUGCAAGGGCAGCGUCUUCGACUUCAACUCCAUCCCGUCGCCGGCCUUCAGGACGGCCAUGUUCUUCGUGGGGACCUCCAUGCUGCUGGUGGUGGGCACCAUGGUGGCUUUCAGCUUGUUCUUCUUCUGCAACGCAGGGAACGUCUACAAGAUCUGUGCGUGGAUGCAGCUAGCCUCAGCCGUGUUGAUGGCGAUGGGCUGCAUGAUCUACCCUGACGGCUGGAACGCAGCGGAGGUAAAGAGGAUGUGUGGCCAGAGGACCGAUAAGUACACUCUGGGAAACUGCACCGUGCGCUGGUCCUACAUCCUGGCCAUCAUCAGCAUUCUGGACGCCGUCCUCCUGGCUCUGCUGUCCUUCACUCUUGGUAAUCGGCAGGACAAUCUGUUGCCGGAUGGCUUCGAGGUGGAGGGAGCAGAAAACUCGUGAACAUAUUUAUUCAAAAUGGAAGGACAAUGAAGAUCCCAGCUGGAGCAAAACCAAGCUGUUAUUUUCCCCUUAAGUUGUAGUGAUAGUCUUCUGGUUAUUUAAUAUUUCACCAAAUAAACACAUGUACACAGUUAUUCCGUACUGCAUGAAGAUCUGUUCUUUUAUUGAAUGGUGUGUUUUACAGGUUCGUCUUUAAACAAC